GCGAGGUCUAAGGGCAAGGGGUAAAUGGCGGGCGGGGACUGAGGGGGGCGUGCAGGUAAACCAACCGGCCAGAGGUCGCGGGCAUGGCUGAGGCCAGGAAGCGGCGGGAGCUGCUUCCCCUGAUCUACCAGCAUCUGCUGCAGGCGGGCUAUGUGCGCGCAGCGCGGGAAGUGAAGGAGCAGAGCGGGCAGAAAAGUUUCAUGGCUCAGCCUGUAACCCUUCUGGACAUCUAUACACACUGGCAACAAACCUCAGAGAUUGGCCAGAAACGGAAGGCAGAGGAAGAUGCAGCGCUGCAGGCCAAGAAGACCCGUGUGUCAGACCCCAUUAGCAGCUCGGAGAGCUCAGAAGAGGAGGAGGAGGAGGCAGAAGCCAAAACUGCCAAAGCCACCCCGAGACUAGCAUCUACCAACUCCUCAGUCACAGGGGCGCUUUUACCUUCAAGCAUGAAAGAAAAAGCCAAGGCAAACACCAAGAAAGCCAGCAAGCCAGUGAACUCCACGGCACACCCUGCCUCCGGGAAGGCAGUGGCCCGUCUCCUCGCUGGGAAGUCACCCAAGAAGGCAGCAGGGCCCUUGGGAAAUACCAUCCUGGUCUCAGAAACUGAGGAGGAGGGCGGCGUCUCAGCCCUCCGAACCACUGCCAAGCCUGGAAUGGCAUCAGCGAGCCAGGCCGACAGCUCCAGCGAGGAGUCCUCCAGCUCUAGUGACGAGACGGACAUGGAGAUGAAACCUGCAGUGAAGCUGCCACAGGUCAGAGCCCCACCAGUCCCAGUCAAGGAGUCUCCAAGGAGAAGGGCGGCCCCAACCCCUGGGAAGGCAGGGGAUGUGACACCCCAAGUCAGAGGAGAUACCCUGACCUCAGCUGGCAAGGCUAAGAAGCCAGAAGAGGUCUCAGAGAGCAGCGAGGAAGAGUCGGAGAGUGAGGAGGGAGCUCCUGCAGGGACCCCCAGCCAGGUGAAGGCCUCGGAGAAAACUGUCCAGGUCCGAGCUGCCUCAGGUCCUGCCAAGGGGACCGCUGGGAAAGGGGCCACCCCAGCACCCCCUGGGAAGGCAGGGCCUGCAGCCACCCAGGCCAAGGCAGGGAGGCCUGAGGAGGACUCGGAGAGCAGCAGCGAGGAGGACUUAGACAGCGAGGAGGAGCUGCCAGCUGCCAAGACCCCACUUCGGGUAAAACCCUCAGGGAAGAUCCCCCAGGUCAAAGCUGCCUCAGCAGCACCUGCCAAGGCGUCUCCUAGGAAAAGGGCACCUGUAGCACCCCCGGGCAAAGCAGGCCCUGCGGCCCCCCAGGCCAGGAAGCAGGAGGAGGACUCGGAGAGCAGCAGCAGCGAGGAAUCAGACAGCGAGGGCGAGGCGCCCACAGCUGUGCCCCAGACCACACGCCUGGCUCAGGUGAGGCUGGAGAAUACCCUGCGUGGCCCUGUGCCCGGUCCUCUGCCUCUGCACUCAGGGCCCUGUGCCCUCCACUUACCCGUCUCCCCUCCUGCCUUACCUCACACACUUUCCCCUGUAAGCCCCCUAUCCUGACUCUAUCCUUUGUCCUCCCAGGCAAAGGCCUUGGGGAAAAACUCCCAGGUCAAAGCUGCCUCAGCUCUGGGCUUGGGGCCCUCAGCAAAGGGCGCUGUCCCGGGGCCCCCUGGGAAUGUGGGGUCUGCGGCCGCCCAGGCCACGAAGCGGGAGGAGGACUCGGAGAGCAGCAGUGAGGAGGAGUCGGACAGCGACGGGCAGGUACCGACAGCCGCGGCCUCGGCCCAGGCAAAGUCUUUGGGGAAAGUUCCCCAGGUCAGACCUGCCUCGGGUCCUGCCAAGGGGCCCUCUCAGAAGGCUGGGCCUGCAACCACCCAGGUCAAGACCAAAAGGUCCAAGGAAGACUCGGAGACCAGCGAGGAGUCAGACAGUGAGGAUGAGACACCCGCAGCUGUGACUCCAGCCCAGGCAAAACUGGCUGGGAGAACUCCUCAGACCAAGGCCUCCCCACGAAAGGGGACUCCCGUUACACCUGCAUCUGCCAAGGUCCCCCCAGUGCAAGCAGGCACACCAGCCCCCUGGAAAGCAGGAACGGCGUCUUCACUAGCCUGCACGUCAUCCCCAGCCAUGGCCAGGGGCGCCCAGAGGCCAGAGGAGGACUCUUCGAGCAGCGAAGAGUCAGAUAGCGAGGAGGAGACAGCUCCUGCCACAGCAGUGGGACAGGCGAAGUCUGUAGGAAAAAGUGUCCCAGGGAAAGCUGCCUCAGCGUCCACCAAGGGGCCCUCAGGGCAAGGGACUGCCCCAGUGCUCCUAGGGAAGGCAGGGCCUGUCAUGGCCCAGGUCAAAGCUGAGGUACAGGAGGACUCAGAGAGCAGUGAGGAGUCAGACAACGAGAAGGCAGCCUCAACUGCCACACAGGUGAAGACUUCAGUGAAAAGCCCUCAGACCAAAGCUAACUUGGCUGCCAGCCGAGUAGCUUCAGCCAAAGGGGCAGUGUCAGCUUUGGGGAAAGGGGUCACUGCAGCUGCUCAGGCCAAGCUGGGGUCCCCAGCCAAGGUAAAGCCUCCAUUGAGGACCCGCCAGAGCAGUGUCGUCUCAGGGAAGGGCCAGGUGUCUGUGACAGCUGUGGGGAAGGCAGUGGCCGCAGCAGCCGAGGACCAGCAGGGACCUGUCAGGGGCCCAGAGGAGGACUCAGAGAGCAGUGAGGAGGAGUCGGACAGUGAAGGGGAGGCACCCACCCAGGCAAAGCCCUCAGUGAAACUCCCCCAGCUCAGAGCUGCCUCAGCCCCACCAAAAAGGUCCCCCAAAAAAGGGGCUGCCACAGCACCCCCUGGGAAGGCAGGACCCAGCGCCCAGGCCAGGAAGCAGGAGGAGGACUCGGAGAGCAGCAGCGAGGAGUCAGACAGCGAUGAGGAGGCGCCAGCAGCUGUGCCACCAGCCCAGAAGGAGGGUAACUCCAAAACCGCCAGUAGCAAGACCCUGGCCCCAGCACCCCAAGAGAAGAAGGCAAAAGAGUCCUCAGCCAGCAGUGACGAGGAGCUGCCGGACAGCCAGGUGAUUAAAACCCCUCUGAUUUUUGUCGACCCUAAUCGUAGUCCAGCUGGCCCAGCUGCUACCCCCGCCCAAGCCCAGGCUGCGAGCGCCCCGAGGAAGGCCCGGGCCUCGGAGAGCACAGCCAGGAGCUCCUCUGAGAGCGAGGAUGAGGAUGUGAUCCCCGCCACGCAAUGCUUGACUCCUGCCGUUAGAACCAACGUGGUGACGGUGCCCACAGCCCAGCCGAGGACAUCCCCCAGAGCCAGCAGCAAUGAGGAGUCCACUCCAGUGUCCGAAGGCAAGAAGCAGGAGGCGCCAGCCACUCAGGUGACAAAGACGAACCCAGCUCACCUCCCGCUGACCCAGGCUGCCCUGAAGGUCCUUGCCCAGAAAGCCACUGAGGCCAAGUCUCCUCCUGCCAAGACCCCGUCUUCAAGUGGGGUGAGCUGGGGAACCAAGGGGUCCAGGGCCCACCCUGAAGGGGAUGGGAGCCUUGGGCAGGAGAGUGAUGCACAGACAGAGGGGCCAGGCCAUCCCAGGGCCCUCAUGAAGGGCUCUGCACCACCCGGCUGGCAAGGGUACCUGGACUCCCAGCGUGACACCUGUGCUUCUCUGGUAGGUGCAGCCGCCUCCAAGAGGGAGACCUUGGUGGAAGAGACCACAGCAGAGUCCAGUGAUGAUGAGGUGGUGGAACCUUCCCAGUCUCUCCUCUCAGGUUAUGUGACCCCCAGGCUGACUCCAGCCAGUUCCCAGGCUUCAAAGGCUUCAAAGGCCACUUCCAAACCAGAUCCCAACCCCUCCAUUUCUUCUACUUCGAUCACCAAAGAUGCCUUGGACGGCAAGCAGGAAGUGGAGCAGCCCCAAGCAGCAGGCACCAUGUCCCCUAAAACAGGCAGAAGAGAGGCUAGCACCACACCUCAGAAGCCCCAGAAGGGACCUGGGAGCCCUCAGGCCUCCACUCUGGCUCUGCAGAGCGACAUCACCCGGCGCCUCCUGAGCGAGCCCUGGCCCCUGAGCGACACGCAGGUGCAGGCCUCGGUGGUGAAGGUCCUGACGGAGCUGCUGGAGCAGGAGAGGAAGAAGGCUGUGGAUGCUGCCAAGGAGGGCGGCCAGAAGGGCCGGCUGGGCCACAAGCGGAAGCUGUCAGAAGACCAGACGACCGCCAAGGCCUCCAAGAGCAAGAAGAAGAAGCUGCUGGCGGCCGGGGAAGGCAGGGAGUGUGCUCCCUCCCCAGAAAAGGCCCCCAGGACUCCCAAGGGGAAAUCCAAGAGGGACGGAGUGAGUGGUAACAUCAAGGAGAAGAAAGAGAAGGAGUCUCCCGGCUCCCAAGGGGCCAAGGAGAAGCCGAAAGGGGGGCCAGGGACGGCGAAGGGUGAGGGUGGAGACGAAGGCAACCCGAAGAGCAAGAAGGAGAAGAAGAAAUCCGACAAGAGAAAAAAAGACAAGGAAAAAAAGGAUAAGAAGAAGAAAGCUAAAAAGGCCUCAACCAAAGACCCUGCCUCACCAUUCCAGAAGAAAAAGAAGAAAAAGAAGAAGACGGCAGAGCAGACGGUCUGAAGGACACCAGGCGGCAGAAGAUGGCCUGCUGUGGUGUCCAUGCUGGCCAAGCCAGUGAGCUGUGCAGAGCUCCCGUGACCUCCACUCAGUGACCCCAGGCUGAUUUCUGUUCCGACACAGGAUGCUACGUAUGGACAUGUACAGUAUAUAUAUAUUUUUUUAAGUGACCUGCCCCUCCCUUCUCAGACCCAACAUGCCCAGGGGCCUCGGGACUUCCCACCUCUGCCCUGCAGACCCGACGAGGUUCAGCCUGCAAUUCCUCCCACACCCCUGGUCUCCAGCUCAUGCUGAGGCUUUGUCCUCCUUUUGUUAGUCUUUUCCUCAUUUUGUUUGUGGGUUUUUUGGUAAGAACUCAAAAAAUAAAAGACUUGAAGGAAAGGUGCAAGUUCCCAGUGCA